CAAAACCGUAUUUUAUUAUCUCACCUGAACGACGGUGCUGCGGGUGUCUCUCUCUGCUCUUCUAUUCCAUUUUCUCUAAUCGCCUCCUAAUGGUGUCGCACUGUCCGACAAAAUCACCCGCUAUUGAUGACAAUCUUGAACUUGAAGAAGUUAUUUCUAAGGGCUCAUUAGAUUUUGAUGAAUGGGUUACCCUGAUUUCAGAGAUUGAGAAAGUAUAUCCUGUUAAUGUGGAGAAAAUAUGUCUAGUUUACAAUCAUUUCUUGUCCGAAUUCCCUUUGUGUCAUGGGUAUUGGAGGAAGUAUGCCGCACACGUGACACAGUUAUGCACCAUGGAUAAGGUUGUUGAAGUCUUUGAACAAGCUGUCUCGGCUGCAACAUAUUCGGUUGGAAUGUGGGUUGACUACUGUAGCUUUGGUAUGUCUGCUUUUGAGGAUGCAUCUGAUAUUCAGAGAUUGUUCAAGAGAGCCAUUUCCUUUGUUGGGAAGGACUACUUAUGUCAUACCUUGUGGGACAAGUAUAUCCAUUUUGAGUUUUCCCAGCAGCAGUGGAUUUCUCUUGCUCACAUAUAUAUCCAGACUCUUAAGUUUCCAACCAAAAAGUUACACCAGUAUUAUGAUAGUUUCAAAAAGUUGCUAACCUUUUUGGAAGAGGGCACGACAAGUCUGGACAAUUCUCCAAAGGAGUCAGAAUCUGAACCAUGUUUUGAUGGUGACAUUCUCAUGACUAUGUGUUGCAGCGAUGACAAGAUUUACUGUAUUAUCAAAGAUAUGAUGGAUUCUUCCGUUGAAUUGACCAGUUCAAUAGCCCUAAAAAAGUACAGGAUAAUUGGUGAACAGUUAUAUCAUAAUGCUUGUGAGUUGUAUUCGAAGAUUAGUUCUUUUGAGGCAAAUAUUCAGAGAUAUUACUUUGAUGUCCGGCCACUUGAUGCGAAUCAAUUGCAGAAUUGGCAUGAUUAUCUGGAUUUUAUUGAACUUCAAGGAGAUUUUGACUGGGCCGUGAAACUUUAUGAGAGAUGCCUGAUUGUGUGCGCCAAUUAUCCUGAUUACUGGAUGCGUUAUGCAGACUUCAUGGAAGCCAAAGGAGGAAGAGAAAUAGCAAAUUAUUCUCUAGACCGAGCAACCGAAAUUUAUUUGAAGAGUGUGCCAGCAAUCCAUUUGUUUAAUGCUAGAUUUAAGGAACAAAUAGGAGAUGUUUUAGCUGCUCGUGCUGCUUACGUUCGUCGCUGUAAAGAGACAGAUUCAGACUUUGUGGAGAAUGUUAUAUCAACAGCAAAUAUGGAAAAACGUUUGGGAAACAUGGAGUCAGCUUUCAGUAUAUACAAAGAAGCACUUGAAUUGGCUGCUGCAGAGGAAAAGCUACAUGCCCUCCCCAUUUUAUACAUUCAUUUUUCUCGUCUAAAAUAUAUGAGUACAGACAAUGUGGAUGCUGCUAGAGCUGUCUUAAUCGAUGGUAUCAGAACUUUGCCUCAAAACAAAUUGCUUCUGGAGGAAUUGAUAAAGUUCUCUAUGAUGCAUGGAGGAAAAGAACACAUGGAUGCAAUAGAUUCACUUAUUACAGAUGCAUUAUCUCCAAGGUCAGACGGAUCUCAAGGUUUGAGUGCACAAGAUGCAGAGGAUAUAUCGAACUUAUACCUAGAGUUUGUUGACUAUUGUGGAACUAUACAUGAUGUGAGGAAGGCAUUGAAUCGACACAUAAGAUUAUUUCCAGGCUCUGCGCGGAUAGGUUUAUGUCAGCAAUCAACUAAAAGUAGAAGACCACUGAACUUGAUCAAGGACAAGAGAGAAGAGAUUUCUGUUGCCAUGCCUAAUCAAGCACCUAGAGAUUCUAGUUCUAACUUGCAUGCGCAUUUACCUCAACAAAACAACGAAGUGUCAUCGGAGAAAUGUUGUGAUCCUCCGUGUGAUGCUGCCAAUGAUGGAUUGGUGUUAACGGAAAAUCAUAUAAUUCGGUCUAAUGAUACAGAUAUGGUCUGCCUUCAAAUCGUGGAGUCAGAUGACAAAGCAGAAGAUAAUGCAAGAGAAUUACCUCUCUUAGUUUCAGAGGAGCCAAGAGACAAUGAUCCUGAAAGGAAUUUGACAUCUGCAGAUUUAGUUGGAGUGGAAGAGGAAUCUACCGAAGUUAGGAAUUUAAAAAAAGAUUGUUCUGAACCUGACAUUUCAUCAGAAAAUUUAUUACAUCAAACAGCUGGUGGAAAUCAACCCUCACAAGCAGUGCAAGCAUCCUCAAACAAAAAUUCUGUUUUUUCUCAUGGAAAGUGUGAGGUUGAGACUAAAGAAUUGAAGCCACUUUCUGCGACAAGUGCGUCACUGAACACCCAGGAAAGCAAUUGCCCUGAUUCAGGACCAGUGGCAUCUCAGGUGGAGUGCGACACAAUUCCAGAAACCAACAAGUUAAAUAGUAGAUUAGUAGUGGGUGGUUAUUCUGCAAAUCGCUACAAUUCUUCAAGCCCUCAAGAUUCUGAUUAUGCCCAAAAUCACUUUGAGAGAAACAGGCCAUUUUCAUCAUCUCAUCAAGACCAUAGAUCGAAAAAACCACUUUUACCACCCCGGUUUUCUAGAAAUAAUGGUGGAAAUUGGCAUCCAAGGAAAAAUGCUGGUAAAUUUCGUGGAGACCCCAAAUAUGGUAAUCGUGGAGGUCCUAAAUAUGGUAAUCAUGGGUAUACACAUAGAAAAGAGCACCAGCACCAUCGUUUAUCUCCACGCCAAAUCCAUCCAACUGAAGGGGAGGCACAAUUACUUGUAACACCUGGGUGUUCGCAAUCUGCGUUGCAAGUUCAGCAAUUCCAUCAAAGACAAGAUCAAUUUCAAGCCACUGCUACUACUGCUGAUUUUGUGGCAACUCAAAGUUGGCCUAUACAAAACUCUUUACCUCAGUCCCAAUUACCAGCUAGUACCACAUCAAGCGUAUUACCACAUGCAAUGCCAGGGAAUGAACAAUAUGGAUAUAUGCAGAACGGCCAAGACUAUAAUCAAAUGUGGCAACAAUAUUACUACCAGCAGCAGCAGCAGUUGCAACUACAACAGCAUUAUAUUCAAUUGCGACAACAAACAUUCCAACAGGAAUCGUCACAACAACUUCAACAACAUAGUCAGCCAGGACCUCUUCAACCACAACAGCUGCAACAAUUGCAGUUACAACUACAGGUUCUGCAGCAGCAGCAAGAGCAUCCUGUUUACCUUCAGCAGCUACAGACACAGAGCGGCAGCAAUCCCGUAGAAGACCAAGGGCAAACAAUUGUGACAUCACUGGGUCAGGAAGCAGUACCAUCACAACAAUCAGGGGAACCUGUGUUGAUUUCUUCUCCUGUAGACUAGAUAGGGUUUUAGUUGUAAAAUUUAGAAUUUACUUCAAUACAAAUGUAAAUUUUUAGAAGUUUCCAAAGGAAAAAUGUUCACAGUAAUUUGCAUUAAUAGUGUAAGAGUGUGUCAGAAUUGUUUGGUGAUCCUAAUGAGGUGCCGAAUUCUCACGACCCAACUUCAUAUGCCAAUGCCUAAGACAAGUGUGUGACUUUUGCCUAGCAUAGGGCUGAAUUCACGGGAAAAAAGGGUCUUUUAGAACGUUCAAGUGUAGUCUAAUAGCGUUUUAGGAAAUGUACUGAAUCGUUGUAAGUAAUAAUUAAAAUGAUAGUUUUGAGUGUCGAA